AGGCACCAGCGUCAGCGUCAACAGGUCACUUCACUCUGCAACAAAACCCUCAAUUAUUUUGUUCGUUCACCGGAGAAACAUGGCACUGCCGGCGGCUAACCCGGGCGUCCGUCUCGGCUGCCAGGAGGCUCCGGCGAUGGGCUUGGGGUUGGCGCCGCGGCUAGCACUGCGUCGUCCCGCCGCGGUCUCCCGGCAUAGGAGCACUGGCAGAGGGAAGUUUCCAGUGGCAGCCACCAGUCUAGAUGACUAUCUUCCAAUGCGAAGCACUGAAGUGAAAAAUCGGACAUCAACCGGUGAUAUCGCAAGUCUCAGAUUAAUCACUGCAGUGAAAACCCCUUAUUUGCCAGAUGGAAGGUUCGAUCUUGAAUCAUAUGAUUCUUUGAUAAACAUGCAGAUAGAGGGUGGUUCUGAAGGUGUAAUAGUUGGUGGAACAACAGGAGAGGGUCACCUAAUGAGCUGGGAUGAACACAUUAUGCUUAUUGGGCAUACUGUUAACUGCUUUGGCACUAGAAUUAAAGUGAUAGGCAACACAGGGAGUAAUUCUACCAGAGAGGCUGUUCACGCAACAGAGCAGGGGUUUGCUGUUGGCAUGCAUGCAGCUCUCCACAUCAACCCUUACUAUGGGAAGACCUCAACUGAAGGAUUGAUCUCUCAUUUUGAGGCUGUUCUGCCGAUGGGUCCAACCAUCAUUUACAAUGUGCCAUCCAGGAGUGGCCAGGAUAUUCCUCCUCAAGUUAUUGAGGCACUUUCAGGUUAUUCAAGCCUGGCAGGAGUAAAAGAAUGUGUCGGACAUGAGAGAGUCAAGUGCUACACUGACAAAGGUAUAACAAUAUGGAGUGGUAAUGAUGAUGAAUGCCAUGAUUCUAGGUGGAAAUAUGGUGCCACUGGAGUUAUUUCUGUAGCAAGCAACCUUGUUCCUGGUCUCAUGCGUAAUCUCAUGUAUGAAGGGGAGAAUGCAUUGCUAAAUGAGAAGCUGUUGCCUCUGAUGAAAUGGUUAUUCUGCCAGCCGAAUCCCAUCGCACUCAACACUGCUCUGGCUCAGCUUGGGGUGGCAAGGCCUGUUUUCAGAUUGCCGUAUGUUCCUCUUCUUCUUGAGAAGCGGAUUGAGUUUGUCCGGAUUGUUGAAGCUAUUGGACGGGGAAACUUUGUGGGACAGAAAGAAGCACGUGUUCUCAACGAUGAUGAUUUUGUUUUGAUCAGUAGGUAUUAGUAAGCGAGCUUGUUAGUCCUACGUAUUUUGAUGAAUAAAACUAGGAGCAUGUUAUGAGGACUUCUUCAGACUUUUGUAAAGAAAUAAAACUACUGUCAUGUUAUGAAUCCUGAUUUGUUUUCCA